AGUUCUUUAAAGAAUACACUUAUAGGCUAAAUAACGCAUCACAAAUCAUUUACUAUCUCUCUGAUAGUAAAAGCAACUAACUGAUCAGAGGGUAUAUAAACCGUGGCAAAACAUUGGCCACCGAAACAUUUAGUAUUUGAGAUACCAACAUGUUUAUAACAAAAUUAAACUUGAGCAUAGUAUUGCUCUUGGCUAUAACUAGUCAAUUGACUAGUGGUCAAUUUAAUCCGAAUUAUGCUUCCGGCAGAAGUACCAUAGUGCAUUUAUUCGAAUGGAAGUGGGAUGAUAUUGCCAGCGAGUGUGAGAAUUUCUUGGGACCGAAGGGUUAUGCGGGUGUGCAAGUUUCUCCAGUCAAUGAGAAUGUUGUGGUCGCUAAUCGUCCCUGGUGGGAGCGUUAUCAACCUGUUUCUUACCUUUUGGUAACACGUUCCGGUAAUGAGGCCCAAUUCGCCAGCAUGGUUAAACGUUGUAAUAAUGUAGGUGUUCGCAUCUAUGUGGAUAUUGUUUUUAAUCAUAUGGCUGCCAGUCAUGGUACCGUUGUGGGCACUGGUGGCUCUACUGCCGAUCCUGGCAGUAAGAGUUUCCCUGCUGUUCCUUUCUCGUCUUUGGAUUUCCAUUCCACCUGCAGCAUUAACAACUACAAUGAUGCCAAUCAAGUACGCAAUUGCGAAUUGGUGGGUUUGAAGGAUUUAGAUCAGAGCAAAUCUUGGGUUCAAGACCGCAUUGUAGAAUUUAUGAAUAAAUUGAUUUCCCUGGGUGUUGCUGGUUUUCGUGUUGAUGCUGCUAAACAUAUGUGGCCCGGAGAUUUGAAGAACAUCUAUAGUCGUUUAAACAAUUUAAAUACCGCCCAUGGUUUUGCUGCCAAUAGCCGACCCUUCAUUACCCAGGAAGUUAUCGAUAUGGGUGGUGAAGCCAUUUCCAAAUAUGAAUACACCGACUUGGGUACCGUUACCGAAUUCAGACAUUCCGAUUCGAUUGGCAAAGUGUUCCGUGGCAAAGAUCAAAUGCGUUGGCUAGUUAACUGGGGUACCGAAUGGGGCUUUAUGCCUUCGGAUCGUUCUUUGGUAUUUGUAGACAAUCACGAUAAUCAACGUGGUCAUGGUGCCGGUGGUGCUGAUGUCUUAACCUACAAAAAUGCUAAACAAUAUAAAAUGGCUACUGCUUUUAUGUUGGCUCAUCCCUUUGGUAUUACCCGCAUUAUGUCUUCGUUUGCUUUUGACAACACCGAUCAAGGUCCUCCUACCACCGAUGGCAAUACCAUACGCUCGCCCAUUUUCAAUGCCGAUAACUCUUGCAGUGGCGGUUGGAUUUGUGAACAUCGUUGGCGCCAAAUCUAUAAUAUGGUUGGUUUCAAAAAUGUUGUUGGCUCCGCUGGUCUUCAGAAUUGGUGGGAUAAUGGCAGCAAUCAAAUUGCUUUCUGUCGUGGCAAUAAGGGUUUCAUUGCUCUCAAUGGUGAUUCGUAUGAUUUGAAUACGUCUCUACAAACUUGUCUGCCAGCUGGUACUUAUUGUGAUGUGAUAUCGGGUUUGAAAUCUGGUUCGUCUUGUACCGGCAAAUCGGUGGUUGUUGGUUCAGAUGGUCGUGCUACCAUUACUAUUCGUAAAACGGAAGAAGAUGGUGUUCUGGCCAUACAUGUUAAUUCCAAAUUGUAAAUGGUAUAAAUUUCUGUAUUUAUAGUUAAUAAGAGAUGUAUAAUAAAAAUGAGAAAAAUUUUAUAAAAAUUGAACUCAAAA